CUCCGCGGAGAAACCCAAGGGCGGUGCCGGUGGCAGGCUGCGCACGCGCGCCGCCCCACUUCCGGUGCUCUCCCUCUUUGGGUCGCUCGGGUCGGCUUCGGUCGCAGUCGCUCCGGCUCUCCCAUCCCCGCCAACCGCCGUCGGGCCUCUGCCGCCGCUGCGUCGCUUCCUCGCUUGCUCGCCUCACAUCCUUCGCGAUGCAGCGCCGGGACGACUCUGCCGCGCGCAUGACCCGGUCCUCGGGCCGCAGCUGCUCCAAGGACCACUCAUGUGCCCACUCCUCGGUGCGUCCGCCGCCGUCACGGCAGCCACCGCCGCCUCACCGGUGCCGGGGAGGAGGAGUCCGGGGGGGCGCCCGGGCCUCGCCCGCCACGCAGCCACCGCCGCUGCUGCCGCCCUCGGCCACGGGCCCAGACGCGACGGUGGGCGGUCCAGCGCCGACCCCGCUGCUGCCCCCCUCGGCCACAGCCUCGGCCAAGAUGGAAACGGAGAACAACAAGUACCUGCCGGAACUCAUGGCCGAGAAGGAUUCACUCGAUCCGUCCUUCACUCACGCCAUGCAGUUGCUGACGGCAGAAAUUGACAAGAUUCAGAAAGGGGACUCAAAAAAGGAUGAUGAAGAGAAUUACUUGGACUUGUUUUCUCAUAAGAAUAUGAAGCUAAAAGAACGGGUGCUGAUACCUGUCAAGCAGUAUCCAAAGUUCAAUUUUGUGGGGAAGAUUCUUGGACCACAAGGAAAUACAAUCAAAAGACUUCAAGAAGAGACGGGUGCAAAGAUCUCUGUUCUGGGAAAAGGCUCAAUGAGAGACAAAGCCAAGGAAGAAGAGCUUCGUAAAGGUGGAGACCCCAAAUAUGCCCACUUGAACAUGGAGCUGCAUGUCUUCAUUGAAGUCUUUGGUCCCCCAUGUGAAGCGUAUGCUCUUAUGGCCCAUGCUAUGGAGGAGGUCAAGAAGUUUCUAGUACCAGAUAUGAUGGAUGAUAUUUGCCAGGAACAGUUUCUAGAGCUGUCCUACUUGAAUGGAGUGCCUGAACCUUCUCGUGGACGUGGGGUGCCAGUAAGAGGUCGAGGAGCUGCACCUCCCCCUCCACCUGUGCCCAGAGGCCGCGGUGUUGUACCACCCCGGGGAGCUUUGGUGCGUGGUACUCCAGUAAGAGGUGCCAUCACCAGAGGUGCCACUGUGUCUCGAGGAGUGCCACCUCUACCUAGUGCAAGGGGUGCUCCAGCACCAAGAGCUCGGACAGCAGGCAUCCAGAGAAUACCUUUGCCUCCACCUCCUGCACCAGAAACAUAUGAAGAAUAUGGAUAUGAUGAUACAUAUGCAGAACAGAGUUAUGAAGGAUAUGAAAGCUAUUACAGCCAGAGCCAAGGGGACUCAGAGUAUUAUGACUAUGGACAUGGGGAGGUUCAAGAUUCUUAUGAAGCUUAUGGCCAAGAUGAUUGGAAUGGGACCAAGCCGGCUCUGAAGGCCCCCCCAGCUAGGCCAGUGAAGGGAGCAUACAGAGAACAUCCGUAUGGACGCUACUAAAAACAAACAGGAGGGGAAAAUAUCAGUUAUGAGCAAAGUUGUUACUGGUUUCUUGUAUCUCCCAGGAUUCCUGUUGCUUUACCCACAACAGACAAGUAAUUGUCUAAGUGUUUUUCUUCGUGGUACCCUUCUUCCCACCUUCCUCCAUUCUUAACUCUGCAUUCUGGCUUCUGUAUGUAGUAUUUUAAAAUGAGUUAAAAUAGAUUUAGGAAUAUCGAAUUAAUUUUUUAAGUGUGUAGAUGCUUUUUCUUUGUUGUUUAAAUAAAAACAGAAGUGUACCUUUUAUAAUAAAAAAAAUAAGUUGAGUAAAAAAAAAACCUGUUAGUUUCAAAAGUGACAUUGCUUGCUUAAAGGUUUUGAAGUAAAGGCUUGUUAACUUUCUUAGUUUUGAUUUGAGGCAUCCCGUAAAGUUGUAGUUGCAGAAUCCCAAACUAGGCUACAUUUCAAAAUUCAGGGCUGUUUAAGAUUUAAAAUCACAGACUAUAAUGGCAGUAGGUGCCACUAUGUAAAAGUGAGCUCAGAUGUCUCUAAAAACAUUUCCUUUAAAAGCACAUGGCGUUUGAAUCUUAAGGUUAAAUUUUAAUAUGAAAGAUCCUCAUGAAUUAAAUAGUUGAUGCAAUUUUUUAAUGUUAAUUGACUUAAAAAACAACAAAAUUAGGUUUGUAAAACUGACUUUUUUCAUUAUGUGGGUUUUGAAAUCUAGCCCCAGACAUACAGUGUUGAGAGAUACUUAGGAGGGGAGGAAUGUAGGAUUUUUAGGAGGUUGUUUUGGGGAAGAGGAGCGGGCUACCCAAAUUGAAUGAUCUUUCAGUAAUAGUUCUAUGAAUAAAAUUUCAGUAUUUUAAAAUACAAAGUAUUCUGUCCAUCUGAGAUUCUGCACUCCAUGAAAAGCUCACUUGGACACUAAAGCCAAAAGCUGAUAGUUUCCAAGAACUUGACAUUGUCAAUACUGAAUUGUUCCCAGGGUAGUUAGUCGAGUAUGUCUCAACACUAGCAUGAUUUAAAAAGGGACACUGCAGCUGAUGAAAAAGGAAUCAAAAUCCACUUUGUACAUAAGUUAAAGUCCUAAUUGGAUUUGUACCGUCCUCCCAUUUUGUUCUCGGAAAAUUAAAUGCUACAUGUGUAAGUCUGCCUAAAUAGGUAGCUUAAACUUAUGUCAAAAUGUCUGCAGCAGUUUGUCAAUAAAGUUUAGUCCUUUUUUAAUCAAAGUAAAUGUGAUGAAUUGUCAUUUUAUUUUUUGGGUGGACAAUAAAAUAGCUUUCUUUUUCAAAUAAACUUAAAUUAACUAAAGUUAAUGGGCUUGUUAAAAGUUGGAGACAUUCUUUAAAAUGGUUGGGAGGGGGAUUUAUUUUAAGUUUUACCAAAAAAAAGUUUAUUGAAGUUGUUAAGUUUUAGUUUAAAAAACAACCAAAGCUUUUUUACCCCCUGGCAGUUAUUGAGAGUCCUAUCAAAUGUUCUAAUCUCUGGAAAGAACCCUAGCUGACCAAAAAUUGGUUUUCAUACAUAACUAUUGUAUUUAAUGUGCCAGCCACCCUAACUAAUGCCUUCUGUAUGCUCCUAGGUGAUCCUAAAGAGGGACACCAAUUCAUUGAGCCCCCAAAGGGUUACACUUGCCUUUAGAUAGGACAAUUCAGCAACUCUGGGUUCCUUAAGGGCUUCCCUCUCAAUCUACAAAUGCUGUUAAUUCAGCUGCCCUAGGAUGCAAUCUGGCUCAAUAGGCUGGCCCUGACCUCCCUCCUGUGCCACCACCGAGAGGACUUGAUGGAACUGGUUGGCCCCAUUUCCACUCCUCUGCUAAUUCUCAAGAGUUCUCAUUCUCAUGCCUUCCCUGAGAGCCACCUAAACUGCUCGGGGGUGAAAAAUCCUCUUGUAUGAAGUGCAAAGCUGCCUGCAGCAGUGCAUGAUGGACUUUUUUUUUCUUUUUAAAAAACACCAACAAAAAAAAUGUAUUUAUAGAUUGUGAUAAAGUGUAAAUAACUGAAUUCUCAACCAUGGUUUGAAGUCAGCUUUCAGGGCAUUAUGUCUUGUUUUGAUGAAAAGAGAUCACUCUAUACCCCCCUUUUUAAAGGAAAAUUAUCGCAAGAGAAUCAGGAUGUGUAAAGCUAACAUGCAUCGCAAAAAACCAAAGGUAACCUAAAUGUCUGAUUUUAAUAGCACAUAUUUCUCUUUUAUAAUAAACUGUGACAGCAACUUGCAUAAACAAAUCUUUAGCUGUUAAUUUUAACGUUAAAACUUUGCAAAACUUGUUUAAUAAAAAAUAGCUGUAAAAA